AUGCCGGUAACAAUUCACAACAAUGUGGUAUCUGGACCUGAAGAACGAGGCAUUCCAGCGCAUUUAUCUUUUGGACAAUUCUUGUACGAUCAGCUGAAAAAUGGAGGAGAUAACAUAGCUUUAAUAAGUGCUGAAACAGGAGAGUCUGUCACAUAUAGAUAUAUUCUUCAAAACAGUGUAAAUCUUGCAGUAAGUUUGCGAAAGCUAGGUUUAAAAAAGGGUGACCUAGUAGGACUGAGCAGUGAAAACAGAUUUGAGUUCAUUGUAGCUGCCCUGGCGGUCAUGUACUGCGGGGGAAUAUUGUCCACACUCAACAUUACAUAUACUCCUGGUGAAAUAACUCAUUUGCUUAAAAUAACGAAGCCUAAAUACAUCUUUACUUCUCCGAUCACAUCACAGAACAUCUAUGAUUGUUGUCAAGAAUUAUCUUCUUCAUGUAAACUCAUUAUGUUUGGAGAUUUUGAAGCUGUUCCUGAUUGCAUUAUGUAUGAUAACUUGAUAAAGGACCAAGUACAUGUGGAUGACUUCACCCUAACUGAUGUGAAUGGACUGGAAGACACAGUGGCUGUAAUGUGCUCCUCGGGAACUACAGGCUUACCCAAGGGGGUAGAACUAACUCAUGUCAAUUUCCUCACAUUAUCUGCACACAUGAAGUAUUACUUUGACUAUGUCCAGUCUCAGAAAAACAAUGGCAUUGUGACUGGUCUGUCACUAAUACCAUGGUUCCAUGCUUAUGGAUUUAUCACAACAUUCGCAGUAAUGGCAAUGAACACGAAAAUCGUAUUUCUAAUCCGUUUUGAUGAACAACAGUACUUGGAAACUAUUCAAAAUUACAAAAUAAAUAUGACCACUAUAGUGCCACCGCUGGCCGUGUUCCUUGCGAAACACCCCCUGGUUCUCAAGUAUGACUUGUCGUCACUAGUUGAAGUUUGGUGCGGCGCAGCACCGUUAUCGAAGGACAUCCAAAAAGCAGUUUCAGAAAGGACAGGUAUUGACUUCAUUAAACAAGGGUACGGCCUGACAGAAGUAACAAUGGCGUGUCUUGUGGACUUAACAAGUGGAGAAAAGGUGGGCUCUUGUGGAACUCCCGCGCCAGGAAUGAAAGUCAAGGUGAUUGAUAUUGAAAAUGGACAAAGAUUGGGUCCUGGUAAAGAAGGAGAACUUUGGAUUAAGUCCCCUUUGCGUAUGAAAGGUUACAUGGGAGACCGCGCCGCCAGCGACGAAUUGUUUGACAACGAAGGCUACGUCAGAACUGGAGAUAUCAGCUAUUAUGACAACGAAGGCUAUUUUUACAUCGUCGACAGGUUAAAGGAACUCAUUAAAUAUAAAGGCUUCCAGGUGGCGCCUGCGGAGCUAGAAGCUUUACUAUUGCAACAUAGUGGGGUAGCCGAUGCAGGAGUAGUCGGCUUGCCCGACGAGGCCGCCGGUGAACUGCCGCUAGCAUUCGUAGUCGCACAACCCAACUCUAAAGUCACAGAGAAAGAGCUUGUGGACUUUGUUGCGUCUAAGGUGUCACCAGCGAAGCAUCUACGAGGUGGUGUGAUAUUUCUCAAAGACAUACCUAAGAACGCAUCAGGUAAAAUCCUCCGAAGAGAAUUAAGAAAAAUGUUACAAAAGUAUAAAAGCAAGCUUUAA